AUGAAGAAGUUUAAUAUUCGGAAGGUGCUGGACGGCCUGACAGCUGUCUCGUCCCCCUCGCCUUCUCCGCAGCCGGGGGUCAAGGAGAACGACCUGAUCCCGGAGACCCUUCAGUCCGAACACUUCCAGCUUUGCAAGACUGUUCGACAUGGCUUCCCCUAUCAGCCGUCCUCCAUGGCAUUUGACCCUGUCCAGAAGAUCCUGGCUAUUGGGACUCAGAGUGGCGCACUACGACUAUUCGGCCGUCCCGGGGUGGAGUGUUACUGUCAGCAUGAAAGCGGAGCAGCAGUCAUCCAACUUCAGUUCCUCAUUAACGAGGGGGCGUUAGUGAGUGCCCUGGCAGAUGACAGCAUUCACCUGUGGAACCUCAGACAGAAGAGGCCUGCCAUUCUGCACUCACUCAAGUUCAACAGGGAAAGGAUAACAUUCUGUCAUCUUCCCUUCCAAAGUAAAUGGCUGUACGUGGGCACGGAACGAGGGAACAUCCACAUCGUAAACGUGGAGUCCUUCACCCUCUCAGGAUAUACCAUCAUGUGGAAUAAAGCCAUCGAACUGUCAUCUAAGGCUCAUCCUGGCCCUGUGGUCCACAUUAGUGAUAACCCCAUGGAUGAGGGAAAGCUCAUCCUUGGGUUUGAGUCUGGGAUCGUGGUCCUGUGGGAUCUGAAGUCGAAAAAAGCCGAUUACCGCUACACCUAUGACGAGGCGAUUCAUUCUCUCGCCUGGCACCAUGAGGGAAAACAGUUCAUCUGCAGCCACUCAGACGGUACCCUGACCAUAUGGAACGUCAAGUCCCCAAGCAAACCCGCACAGACAAUCACGCCACAUGGAAAGCAGCCCAAGGAUGGAAAGAAGCCAGAGCCAUGUAAACCCAUUCUCAAAGUAGAAUAUAAGACCACCAGAGCAGGGGAUCCGUUUAUGAUCUUCUCUGGCGGUCUGUCGUAUGACACGGUCGGGCGGCGGCCCUGUCUGACUGUGAUGCAUGGGAAGAGCACAGCGGUGCUGGAGAUGGACUACCCCAUUGUAGACUUCCUCACGCUGUGUGAAACGCCAUAUCCAAACGAUUUUCAGGAACCCUAUGCAGUAGUGGUCCUUCUAGACAAGGAUUUGGUUGUUAUUGAUUUAGCACAAAACGGUUACCCCAUCUUUGAAAACCCGUAUCCUCUAUCGAUCCAUGAGUCUCCGGUGACGUGUUGUGAGUAUAUUGCUGACUGCUCCGUAGACCUCAUACCUGCACUUUACUCUGUCGGCUCCCGCCAGAAACGACAGGGCUACAGCAAAAAGGAAUGGCCUAUCAGUGGGGGGAACUGGGGCCAAGGCACACAAAGCUAUCCUGAAAUUAUAAUAACUGGACAUGCUGAUGGUUCAGUCAAAUUUUGGGAUGCCUCUGCAAUAAUGCUCCAAGUGCUGUACAAGCUGAAGACGGCGAAGGUGUUUGAGCGGUCGCGCUGUAAGGAGGACAAGCCGAGCACAGAGAUAGUGGAUGAGGAUCCGUUUGCCAUCCAGCUCAUGUCCUGGUGCCCAGACAGCCGCGUGCUAUGUGUGGCAGGAGUGUCUGCCCACGUCAUCAUCUACAGAUUCAGCAAACAGGAGAUAACUACUGAGGUUGUUCAGCUCCUGGAAGUGAGGCUGCAGUAUGAGCUGAAUGAUUUGGAAUCUCCUGAAGUGGGCGGAGACCAAUCACCAGCCCCUCCCACUCCCAGUACCUCGCCCAGCCCACAGAGCGCCGCCCCUCAGACGCACGCCUCCACCAGCAGCAACUCGUCAGACGGCAUGAGAGACAACGUGCCCUGUCUGAAGGUUAGGAGCACCCCUCUGAAGCAGUCUCCGGGGUACCAGGUGGAGCUGGUGGUCCAGUUGGUUUGGGUCAGCGGUGAACCUCCCCAGCAGAUCAGCAGCCUGGCCAUCAACUCCUCCUACGGCCUAGUGGUUUUCGGUAAUACUAAUGGGCUGGCUGUAGUGGAUUAUCUACAGAAGACGGUUCUGUUGAAUCUGGGCACUGUGGAGCUUUAUGGAUCUAAUGACCCGUAUCAGAGACAACCACGGUCACCCCGCAAGUCCAGACAACCGUCCGGAGGGUUAGGCGACAUCAACGAGGGGUCGGCCACGUCGGAGGAUCGAUGCAAGUCUCCCACCUCAGUGUUGAUGCCAAACCAUCAGCAGUUCUACAAUGGCGGAGGUAGAGGAGCAAAGAUGUCACGGAAAUUAAGCUUGCCAACUGAGCUCAAGCCAGACUUGGUCCUACUCUCUGUAUGUCCUCCCCGGGCUGCCGUACCCCUAGACAACCGGGACAACUCCUUCAGCCGCUCCCGGAGCUCCAGCGUCACCAGUAUCGAUAAGGAUGCGCGGGAGGCCAUCACCUCCUUCUAUUUCUGCGAGACGUACACCCAUAAGACGGACACCGUGCUCAGCCCCAGCCUGUGGGUGGGCACGUCUCUGGGCACGGUGCUGGUUAUCUCCCUCAACCUGCCCCCUGCUGGAGAACAGAGGCUACUGCAGCCAGUCAUCGUCUCACCCAGUGGUACGCUGAUCAGACUGAAGGGUAGCGUUUUACGGAUGGCUUUUCUGGACGCCACGGGCUCCCUGUUGCCGCCCCCGUCCGAGCCCUGGCACGAGCCGAACGCCCCCGACGACCGGGAAGAACGGGACAAAGUCCGUAAGCGCCGGCCCAUGUCCGUGUCCCCCUCGGCGUCCCAGGAGCUGACGGAGAACCAGUACGCGGUGGUGUGCUCGGAGAAACAGGCGAAAGUCAUCGCUCUGCCCUCGCAGACCUGUAUGUUUAAACACAACAUCACGGAGACGUCCUUCGUGCUCCGCGCCGACGUGGUGCAGAUGGGCACCGGCAUCUGCGUGGCGUGUUUCUGUGCCAACGGCCACAUCAUGACUCUCAGCUUGCCUGGGUUAAGGCCGUUGUUGGAUGUGAAUUACCUUCCGCUGACGGACAUGAGGAUAGCCAGAACCUUCUGCUUCUCCAACCUGGGCCAGGCCCUGUACCUGACCUCUCCCACCGAGAUCCAGAGGUUAACCUACAGCCAGGACGUCUGCGAGAACCUGCAGGAGAUGCUGGGGGAGCUGUUCACUCCUGUGGAGACGCCAGAAGCUCCGAACCGUGGCUUCUUCAAGGGCCUCUUUGGUGGAGGGGCGCAAUCUCUGGACAGAGAAGAGCUUUUCGGUGAGUCAGGGGCUGGGAAAGCGUCCCGUAGUCUUGCUCAGCACAUUCCGGGCCCGGGGGGGAUUGAGGGGAUGAAGGGCGCGGCGUCGGGUGUGGUGGGUGACCUGGCGAGGGCUCGGAUAGCCCUGGACGAGAGAGGACAGAAACUGAGCGAAGUGGAGGAGAGGACGGCAGCCAUGAUGGCCAGCGCCGACUCGUUCUCCAAACACGCCCACGAGCUGAUGCUGAAAUGUAAGGAUAAAAAAUGGUACCAGUUCUGA